UCAAUACAUAUGCAUAUAUUGAAUUUCUCUUAGGAGGAUUAUUCCUCUCUAUCCUUCUUUUAUAUUUUCACCGAUAUUUAUCAAUUUGAUGGAUUUAUUUCAUUAGAAAUAUCAUCAAUUCUUCUCUUUAUUUCAUUAUCAUUUUUUUCAUGGUAUCAGAGCCGAAAUCCUGGAAGUAAAUUCUUUUUGUGCUCAAGAAAAUAUGGCAUAUAUAUUGCCACAUAUCCGCCCUUGGAUAAUUGACUCUGGAGCUACUGAACGUAUCACAUGAAGUGAUAACAAUCUUUUUGAUAUCAAUCACACGCCAGAGCCAUCUGUCAGAAUCCCCAACGGUGAAUUAAUUCCAGUUCAUGUUGUUGGUAGUUUAGAUUUACCCAAUGGGCUCCGUCUUAAACGUGUUCUGUAUAUACCAAAAUUUCAGUGUAAUUUACUUUCUGCUAGUUGCCUAACAAGCGAACUAAAUUGCACAGCAAGUGUGACACUCCGAUUACGCAUCUCAAGAAAGCCAGAAGCAUAAGCCUGAAAAUACCCAAAUUGGUGACUAAAGCGGUGAGGAGUGUAAGGCUCAGCAAUGCAAUGAUCGCGGUAGCGUAAUACAAGAUAAUUAGACCGAAGACUCCUAAAAAGCGCCAACUCAGCCUCUGGAGGAUUUUUACCAUCGAAGAAUGAAUAUUCUUUGAUUCUCCCUGGAAAAUUCGUUUGCACGCACUUCUCUUCUCGAGGGAUCUCGCUCCACUUUCUCCCGAAUAAGAAAUCAUUAAUGACGUCGUGGACUGGAUAUCAUUCUUAAAAUGCGUAUCAAAGUAUGAUGCCAACCAUCCAUAGACAUAGUGAACGGGAAAACACGUUCUAACUUGAUCAGGAGCUGGAGCAUUCGAGAUCCGAUUAAGCCCAUGAUAGACACUUGCAAGAACCAGGACCGCAAGGCAUACACGUUUCCCUCGAGCCAACAUACAAGCAACUCUGAAUGUUUCUGGGCGGAUAACUCUAGGACCUUCAUGCGGCAAUACAAAUGCACAAAGCCAACACGACAAAAAUGCCGCUAAAUAUACCUCCUCCUCAUAUUCAGCAGGAACCUUGAGUACGCGGAAUGGUACCUUCAUAGAAUUCGACCAUCCUCCAAAUUUUGGAAUAGCUCCGCUCGGAUUAUGGGUCGCCUUGGCACGAGACGUUCGUUUCUUUUCUGUUCUGACUGGAGGCAUAGUAUACUUGGAGGCCUUUCUGAACCAGAAUUUGACCCACGCAUGAACACGCAAAACACACUUAUCUCCGACUUUGGGAAAGAGAUGACGAUAUGCGUGAAACAAAUAUUUGCAGAGAUUAAAUGAACGGUCAGCGCUCGUUUUUAACAACUCAGAAGUGCCCAGAAUAGAUUCAUCAUAUGCGUCUCCUAUGAUAGGCAAUCCUCCGAUAACGUGCAAGUCCCAAAGUGUGAUCGUCAAUUCGCCAAGUGACGUAAGCAAAGUAUUCGUCGUGGGACACCAUGCCUCACAAAAUGCUUGAAUAGCAUUAGUACAUCGGCCAUACGUGAAUAAUGAGGCAUAAACAACAUCAUAAAUAAGCCCUUCCUCCAGAACGCUUCUACUCAUGCUCAAAAUAUCCUCGGCCCAGUCCCAAUAACCUGUGAUGAAUCUAAACUCACCACCAAAUGAUAAGGUCUUUGUCAAAGGGACGUUUUCAUCAAGGAUGCGUCUACCUAAAGAAAGAAGAAUCUCAGAAGAGGACAUGUGAGUAAAGCCAGAUACUAAAGUCCGCAUUGUCUGAGCUUGAUACUCGCACUCAGGAGUCCAGUUUGUAACUCGAUAGGACACAACCGUUGGACCCCAAAACUCGCGAGCAAAUGGCUUGUGCAUCUCCAAAAGAAUCUCUUCGUCAUUCUUCUUGCUCGUUGAUAUGGAGAGAUACUUUUUGCCUCCACGCCUUACGUCCCUAAAAUAUAUCAUUUUGGACUGCAAAAAAAAUCAUUAUUCUUAUUAUUAUUACUAAAAAAACUAAAAUAAUAAUGAUAAUGAUAAAAAAAAAGGCCGCUCAGCAAUGAUAAUCAAUCUCAAGCCCGAGCAAUUUCAUCUUCCGCCUAGACGAGCAAAGAAAUCAGUAACACUGGCCAAUAAUUAGUCAAGCUCCUUCAGAAUGGACAAAGGUCGAAAGUAGCGGCAACAUCUCAGUCUUCAACAGGUGCAAUUAGCCGAAUUCUCUAGAUUGGUGCCACUAGCCCAACGAAGGGCCCCAAGUGACACCAAUGAUCGGUAAUCAGACCAAUUCUUUAGAUCGGUGCCACUAACCCAACGAAGGGCCCCAAGCGACACCGAUGACCGGCAAUCAAACCAAUUCUUUAGAUCGGUGCCACUAACCCAACGAAGGGCCCCAAGCGACACCGACAACCGACAAUAGGCUUAACUCCUUCCUCUUCAACAAGUGACACCACGUUCAAAUCACUUCAAGUAGCAAAGAAAUCAAGCCUCGUUAUUAUUAAAUAGCUCCACCUGUGGAAUACAGCCCAAGCCUUUAAAAAUGGGAAGGCUUAAAUUCUGGACAUGCCCAAUACUUAUUAAAAACGGUCCAGGUUCCCAUUCCCUUGGUCGUCUUCACGCAGCAUCAAGCAAUCGAUCGUGCUUUUCUCAAUCCUCGCCAAAAACGCAACAAACACCGCCAUCAGCUUCAUCCGCAACGGCAAAGCAUCAGCGAACUCCGCAGGCUGCAGCAACAGCAGAGCAUCGGCCUCCCACCAUCUUCUCCAACAACAAAUUAGCUCCCGACGGCACCGGCGAUCCAGCAAAACGACCAUCAAUUGAAAUCAUCUACUCCUCCUUCGCACAAGAGGUCUCACGCUUCUAGCCAAUGAGCAAAAUAGAAUCGGAAGAAAUCAAUGGUGGCUUUCCCAAAACUGCAGAAUGUCGUUGCAGACCGGCAAAUCACCCUUCAUCGAUCUCCAGCUCGGCCUCUGACCGCAGACCUUCUCCGGCGAGCGAUACCAGCAACCCUCCUCCAGCUCAUCUUUCAACCUGCGACGGAAUCAGCAUCUCACAAGUAACCGCGGCCUAGCUAUCAGCAUCUUCCUCUGCUAAACAAACAGAGUAGAGUCGGAAGAAAUUAGUUGCGGCAGUGCAUCAUUAAAGCUCCUGAGUUUUGAAACUCGACCUUCUUCUUCCUCAAAUUAACACUACUGGCCCUACAACGAACAGGAAGAAGAACGACUUUCCUCUGUCAUAAACUCCGAGUAUUUUCAGUAAUCGACCUCUACUUUCCCGAUUUACUUCAAGGUGGUGUCGUUUCAGACCAGCUGAUUUGAUCGACCUGCGACACAAGAGAAAAUAAAUCAGAUCAAAAGUAUAUGAUUUACCUUAAAUUUGCUCUCCUUGAUUCAACGAAAUAAUCUCCCGAUCGAUGAUGUUUGCUGCUUAAAUUUGCUGUGGCACAAAUAAUUUCCUGAUGUGUUCUAUUUAUAGAGUAUGAGGGAGUUCAAAUUUCGGUACAAUUCAAGUGCGAGGACAAUUGCAGUCCGAAUUUGAUAUAUGCUUAAUUUAAGAGAUUGGGUCGGUGGAGGAAGGAGAGCUUCCAAAGGUGGAAUUAUUAUUUAGUUUGGAUUUGAUUAGAAAAAAAAAACUUAUGAGGUUUACGGGACAGAGAGAAGUCGAGUUCUUCGCCUUAAUUGGGUGCUUCGUGCGGGAAUGAAAUGUUGAGUUCUUCGUCAAGUAAAUUGCACUUUGAUUGUCGCACUUCAACACGUACCUUUCUUGAUCUAUUCCCAACUCGAGCAACAUGUUCUUCAUCCACAACAUCUCCUUGCAAGCUUCAGUAGAUGCGAUGUACUCUGCCUCUGUGGUGGAUAAUGCAACACACUUUUGCAGCUUUGAUUGCCAAGAAACAGCCCCCCCUACAAAAGUAGUUAGGUUUCCCAAUGUUGAUUUCCUUGAAUCAAUAUCACCGGUCAAGUCUGCAUCUGUGUAUCCUUCUAACACAGGUUUUCCUUUUCCAAAGCAUAAACAAAUUUUGGAAGUUCCACGUAAAUAUCGGAGGAUCCAUUUGACCGGUACCAAAUGUUCACUCCCAGGGUUGGCCAAGAAACGACUAACGACUCCAACUGCAUAGGCUAUAUCUGGUCUUAUGCAUAUCAUUGCAUACAUGAGGCUGCCUACUACAAAUGAGUAUGGAAUCUUCUUCAUUUCCUCCUUUUCUUUCUCACUUGUGGGACUUUGCUUCGAACUCAACCUAAAGUGUCCAGCAAGUGGUGUGUUUACCGGCUUUGAUUUGUUUAUGUUGAACCGUUCCAACACUUUCUCAAUGUACCUCUCUUGGGAUAGCCACAACAGUCUCUUCGACCUAUCAUGAGUUAUUCUCAUCCCAAGGAUUUGUUUAGCUGGUCCCAAAUCUUUCAAGGCGAAACUUUUGCUUAGAUCUUUCUGCAAAGCAUCUAUCUUUACGCGAUCAUGUCCAACAAUCAACAUAUCAUCAACAUAGAAUAGAAGUAUGAGAAAAUCGACAAUUAC